UUUUCUGCCCUUGGCAGUUGUAGUCAUUUGUUUAAGUGAAACUUCUUUUCUGAGGGAGCUACAAUUUCGAGUUAUAAAAAUUUUGAUCGAAUGAGGCGAAUAGUUAGAUACAUGGUGGGGAACUGAUAGAGGAGCAGAGUGUGUCAGUGGUGUUGCCACUACAACACAUGGACUAGCGGUCAAAUAGGAUGACGCAGGGGGAGGGAAAAUAAAUACGUAGCGUAGAAUGCUGUAUGCUAGUUGUAACGGCUAGAAGGGGAGACAGCAGGGGUGAAGGAGAAAUUAUGCUGCAUUGAUGCUACAGAAUUUUCAUAACUCUGCUUGUGUUUGUCCACUCCUGUUUUCGUAACGACUAAUGGUUGAUGCUACCAUAUUUAUUUUAUGUUAAAGUAUCUACAAUUUAUUUAUUUGUGUAGAAAAGAGUUAUUAAUUUAUGCAAUUAACUUUAUAAGAAUCAUUAAUUUUUAUAUGAAUAGUGUGAAUGAAAAUGUAAAAUAGAUGAGGUUAGCUUUAUAAGUAUAAUUAAUUUUUGGUAUGUGAAAACUGAUUUUAAAAGUCAAUAGGACUUGUAUACUUAAACUUUGUAAGUGUAACUUAUGUUCCAUUAGAGUGUUUUUUUUGUUCUUUCUUUUUAUUCAGCUGGAGAUUGUGAUUUAAUAUCAUGCCUAAAAUAAAUAAAAAGGCAGAAGCAGAUAAGAGGUAUUAUCAAAGGCAAUGCGAAAAUAAACCACCAAAAGAAGAGACAAAAAACUGUGCGAGAAAUGCUUUUUUUUUUUAAUUUUAAAUUUUAGAUCAUAUCUGUAUCCUUACUAUUCUCUAGCUUACGAGGUCCCGCAUGGUUGGUUUUUCCGUAUAAAGCGUUUAAAUUGCCGGAGGUCUUAUCAUUUACGCCGUUAAAUGUGUGAUAUAAAGUCCGUUAAAAUUUUUUCUGAAACUUCCUGUCUCAAAUAAUGGCGCACGUAAAUAUGAAGAAAAAACAAAUGAACAACAACAUAUGAAGAAAUAUGGAUGAUGUACCAUAACUACAGUACAAACCCAAUAGUUAUUUUAAGAUAAUUACCAUAAAAAGAACAAGAUUCUUUGUAGAAUACCAUAAUUACUACAGAAGCAUGAUAGCUACCAUAUUUGCACUAUAGUUACGGUAACAACCGAGAUGUAUAUUUACCGUGAUAGUAAUGUAUUAUUUAUUUAUGACAUAUUAAAUUAAAGAACAUUGUUGAAAGAAAAAGGAUGUUAAACUUUGAUAUGGAUGGUUGGCACAUGUUGCUAAGAAAUAAUGCUAUCUGAAAGAAUGCAGUACUACUACGAAAAGUGAAAAUGGUGCUCGUGGAUUUUUAGGUUAUGGCAGUCUCUUUUGUUUUUCAGUAAUAUCGGCCGAAAAUUAACAAGCGUACUGUAUCGGAAGUCGGCAGAAAUGCCGAUUCAACUAAAUAUUGGCAAAAUCGGUUUCUUCAGUACAGCUCUACAUUUGAUGACAUGAGUAAACAUAUUUCAGACUUCAGGAUAUUGAAAAAGACUUUAAUUUCUAUGUAGGUUUAUUGUGUGUAUGUUUUUUUUGCAAGUGUAAAUUGAAUUAAGUAAAAUGCUUUUACUUUUAUUACUUUCAAUUGAUUAAACUUUAAUGAACAGUUACAGAUACCUAUUUAUGACACUAAUUUUGAGGUUAAGCAAUUUUACUAAAGCAUUCCAGCCACACAGGUUGCCAGCGAGAGAUGCUUCUCUUCUGCUGGAAACACUAUAUCAUCUCCAAUCGUAGAGCUAAUUUAACUCCUGAACGUGCAGAACGAAUUAUUGUUCUGCAUGAAUCUCUCUCAGAAUUGUUGUGAGGAAAAGUGGAAAUGUUGAAACAAUGUGAAUGUACUUUUCAAACAACAUGACUUUUGGUGCUAAGUUUGUUGAAGCUCAGUAAGGACUCCAGAAAAAUUGACAAGGAUGAAAUUUUUCCAAAGAUAUGUUACAUUUACACAAACAUAUACUUGGUUAUGUUAGUUGGAUGAUCAGUUACUAAUGAACCAAUGGAAACAGGUAAGAUUCAAUGGAAAAAAAUGUUAUUUUUUUUCUAGCAGUGCAAAAUGUAAACAAAUACUGUAAAUAGUUACCCAAAAUUAAUAAGCCCACUUCAUUUUAAUACUUUAUUCAAACAUUAUACUAAGUUUAAGAUAAAAAUAAUUUCCCAAAAGUGUAACUGUACCACAAAAGCUCGAGCUCGGCUCGAAGUAAAAUUCUUAGUCUCGCAGACCUCUAGUUAUUUAUAGAAAAAAUCCUAACCUGUAAUCUGUACUAAAACUGAAAUUUCUCAAGAAAAUUUUUUUUGUCUUUAUAUACACUUAUACCAGAAAUGUACCAAACUAUAUGUAAUAAAGUCAAGAGACUUUUAGUGCAAGCAGAAUACAUCUCACUUACAUUAUAUAUGUGGAUAUCAUCUGUUAAAAGAUUCGGGUUUGGGUUCGAGAUUUGGCAAAUCCAGUCUAGGAUUUGAGUUAGGAUUCGGAUUCGAGGAAAUCAGGAUUCGCCCCAUCCCUAAUUUAUAUCUAUACCUUAUAAGCAAGGAGUUUGACUUCUGUCUUUCAUGUAUGGACUCCACUCACACUUUUUUUUUUUAGAUCCUGUGUGAAUAUUUGAAUUUUUUAAUAAUAAAAUGUAGUGUGUUAUUUUUAUUCAAUUAAUUUCUAAACACUAGGCCUGUGCGAAUAUCAGAUUUUUAGUUCGAAUUGAAUACAAAUACCAAAUUAUGCUUGAAUACCAAUACAGUCAAACCUCUCUGAAACGACCCCUCACGGUUCCCAGUAGGCAUGAGCGAAGGUCUCUUUUUAAAUGCGAAGCGAAGUCUAAGCGAAGCUUAUAUUGUGCGAAAGAAUGUCGAAGGAAAAUCGAAGUAGAAGGAUUUGAAAUAACAUAAUUUUUAAUAUAAAAAAAUUGUUACAUAUGUUUCAUCAUGGUUAUAUAGACUAAAGAAAAUUCCAUUGUACCAAACAUCUUCAAAUAAAUGUAUGUAUACUAUAUAAGUACUGUUAAAUGUCUUAAUCCACAGGAAAAAUAAGUACUUUUCAUUUAUUUAAAAUUUGUAAAAUUCAUUCAUCUGGUUUUCAUUAGUAAAGUUAAAUUCCACCUGGCUUUGAAGCGUGUGAGCCAGCCAUUUGAGGCUUGAAAAUUGUCAAUUCCAAGCCUUAGUGCCUCCAUUCGUGCUUUUUCAUGCAGUGCUGUGCCCGAGAUGGGUAUGUUAUUAGAGCGUGCUUGCACAAUCCAAUCAAAAAGAUUUUUGUCAAGGUCACUAUCGAUACAUUUGCUAUAUCUUUUCCUUUUCUGGUGCAGUUUUGCAGCAUUUUCUUCAAUUUUUGCUCUGUCUUUUAUUAUUGUGGACAGAGUUGUAGGUGCAAUAUUAAAGCGUUUUGCAACAUGACACUUUUUCUUGCAGUUGUCAACAGUUGUAAGAAUCUCUAGUUUUUUGCAAUGCUGAUACCCACAUGCUUUCGGGUACUCAUAAAUUCUACGGGUAGGCCUACCGAGAUAUGCUGCCGUAAUACACUAAAUAUAAAAAUAUAAACAGGUUAUCCACGUCGUCACAUCGCCAUAAACAAGCUUCACGAAACGUCACAAAAUGUUCACUAGCGUCGGAAACGUGCUACUAGAUCUGUUAAAUAAAUGUUGUAUACAUAUUAGAUUUGUGUACGAUUGCGAAAGAUGUCAAUCUCAAAUGAUGUAUACAAACAAAUUAUAGGUUAGGUCAUCGUAACAGAAAACAAAAGGUAACAAGAAACGUGUUUUAUGUACCUAACCAGAUAUGGCCGCCAUCUGCCAAUAUCCAUUGCUACAAAUUCAAAUGUGAAAAUACGCAUUUUGUAGGAUAAAUAUUAUUAUUGAAUGGUUUUUUCUUACUUGAAAAAGUUAAUCAUUUUUUAUUUAUAACUCUUGAUUAUUCCGCAUAAAUGUUAUGUUGUUACACCAAUCUCACAAAAAACUGACUUUUUUUUUAUACGAAUGAAUUUUCUAUCCGCACGGUUACCAGCACUGCAACUCCCAUUUUACUUAACGAAAUAAAGAAAACGUCUGUAAACAAUUUCCACAAGACCUGUCGUUAAACAAAGCUAUAGAAUUGUGAAUGAAAUGAGAAAAUGUUUAAUAUUUUGAGUAUUAAUAUCGGCAAAACAAUACGUAUUAACGAGAAAUUACCGUCCAGGGCUUUGAAAAACAGAGAUGGCUACUGAAGAGCUUACUGACGAGCAAUACAAGGAGAUAAUGGUUGCCCUAGAAGAAAUAAGAGCCACUUGGGAGAACUAUAACAAAGAAAUGUUAGCGAGUAUGAAGAACUUUACGGAAGAAAUGAAGAGUGGAAGGAAGGAGAGUAAGAACCACCAUGAAGAAAAGAAGAGCGGGUCAAAUAAUAGCCUAGAGGAAAUGAAGAAUGGUCAGGAUGAACUGAAGCAUGGCCAAGAAGGAAUGAGAAAUGAAAUGAAGACCGAAGUGAAGAUAAGCAUAGAAGAGAAGAACAGCCAAGAGAAAAACCGCGAAGAGAAGAACGGCGAACAGAAGACCGGUCAGGAGAAGAACAGCGAAGAGAAGAACAGAGAAAUGAAGACCAGCCAAGAGGAGACCAGCCAAGAAGAGACCAGCCAAGAAGAGACCAGCCAAGAAGAGACCAGCCAAGAAGAGACCAGCCAAGAAGAGAACAGCCAAGAAGAGAACAGCGAAGAGGAAGACUAGCGAAGAGAAGACUAGCGAAGAGAAGA